GUCGAGUUGAGCAAGUACUUGCUGUCAUGCGUCGUCGGGACGCCGGGCCCAGUGAGCGUAUCAACUCGUGGCAUGUUGUCUCAUUCUUUUAAUAACUAAAUUUUGUUCAACUAUAAAAUUAAUAUAAAUAACGUGUAUUCCAGUGUGAUCCAGACCAAUUAAAACCAACAAAAAAAAAAAAAAAAUAUUUAAUAAUCCAGUACUUUGAGUUUAGAAUUUUGUAGUUUUUUAUUUUAUCAAGAACAUAUUGUGUGUAUGGAGAUAAAAAAAAAAUAAAUUAUAUAUUCAUACAACCGCCUGAUAUUGAUCAUCUUUUUUAUGAAAAUUUUUUAAAUUUGCAAGAGGACAAAGUGAAAGUUGAUUUCGUGUUGUGGAAGCCAAAGUAUUGGCCUUCCUCUUCCACCUGUGUGCACGAUCAUUCAGCUGAGACAAUAGUGAACGGGGUCAAAGGUGAAUGGGAAGCCAUCAAAAUAAUCCAAUUUUUUAUUAUCAAUAUUAUUUUAUUAUUAAUUGGAAUAGACAGAUCAACAUAGCCAGAUAAAUUCCUGAAAUUUGAAUAUUACAAUUAAAAAUUGAGGUAGUCUAAGCUAUUUAUAAUAGAAUCAUAAAAAAUUAGUCUACAUUUUCAAGAUUGUUUAUUUGAUUUGUAUCACAUUGGAAACACAAUAAUCAUGAGUCUAUUGUCAUCAAUUAAUGCAAGGAGUCUUGCUGAUGAAGAGCACGAUCGCAAUAUGCUUCAGGAUCUUCAGUUAGCAGCUGAACUUGGUAAAACAUUGCUGGAACGAAAUAAAGAACUUGAGACAAAUCUUAAAUCACAUCAGACCACGAUUGAAGAACAAACCCAAGAGAUUGAGUAUAUGAAAAAACAAACUGCAGCAUUGAGAGAAGUGAAUGACUCAAGGUUGAAAGUCUACGAACAACUAGAGGUCAGUAUUCAAGAUUUAGAACGUGCCAACCAUCGACUUAUUGUUGAAAACACUGCUGACAAAAAAUUAAUAAAAAGUCAAGGUGUAACAAUUGAAAAUCAAGAAAUAAAAUUUGAUGAAUUACAAAAAAAAUUUGAUGAACUAAAAAUUGAUUAUGAAAGUUUAUCACGUCAACAAAAUGAUAUACAAUCAUCGACAAUUGGGAAAACACAACUAUCAGAAGAUUGCAGCACACCCCAGAACGCUGCAAGAAAUUUACAAAAGUUAUCACCAAUAUCGUCGAUUGAUAGUACCAUAUCAAAUGAUGACGGAGAAGUAACUGAAUUAUUACGACAAUUACAUGAAACACGUAAUCAAAGGAUAAGAGAACAAAAACGUGUUAAUGAAUUACGUGAACAACUUGAAAAUCUAUUGAAAGAAAAUGGUUCACUUGAAGAACAGCUCAAUGAAUGGCGCAGUAAAGCACAAGAUAUAAAAAAUUUACAGGAUGAAAUAAAUACUUUGGAAGAAGUCAGACAAGGAAAAUUAUGUGGUAGAUGUCUUCGUGGUUGUGAUACACGUACUCACGACGAAUUGUCAAUAAUGCUUGAUGCUGAAGAAGACGAUGACUUGAGCAUUGCUGAGUCAUACUUGAAUGAUAGCCGUUGUGAUUCUGAUACAUUAGUGCAGGAUUUGAAUAAUUCACCAGUCGUACCAAACGAAAUAAACAUAAAUCCUUAUCGAGUAUUGGUUGAAAAAUAUGAAGCAUUAUUAGAAGUCCAACGUCGUCCAGCUCUACGAAAGCAACAAAAUCCUCCAGCUCCUUGUUUAUCACUUCAAGAAGAAUUAGAAAUGUCUGGUGAUUUUAACACCUUCCAAAAUCUUUCAACAGAUCGUCAAGAAGAUCAAAUCAAAAUGAAUGGUACUACAAAUCAAAUUCAAAAUCAUGGAAAAAAACAGCAGCAUGUAUCAUCAACACCAACAGACUUUUCUGAGGCUGAAACAUCAUCAUCAGGUUUUUCAGAUGAAACAAGUAACAAAGGUACACAAACAGACGGACGACCUGGUUCAUUUCUUUGUUCAAUCGCUGAUGGUGAAGAUUACAAAUUUAGUAUUUACGAUGAUAAUAGUAAUUUUGAAAGUCGUUUUCAACAAACUCCAGAGUAUCGUCAAUUAUUUAGUGAAAUAUUUGGUGUAUUAAAACGUGCUGCUGAAGCGAAAGAUGAGGGUGAAAAUCUUCCUCUUCUUGACAACCAAAAUCAAGCACAAAUUAAUCAUAAUGAUAUUAAUAAUCAACAAGAUGAAUCUGAAAUAACAGAUGAUAAUCAAAGUAUAAUGUCAUCAGCAAUAUCAUCAGUUGUAUCUGAGCCAGUAAUCCGUAUUCAAACACCAACACCAGAAAAAAAUGAUAAAAAAAAUAAAAUAAUUGGACAAAAUCAACCCCAAAGACAUCAUCAACAUCGUUCUCUAAUUACAGAUAAUUUAUCAAUGCGAUUGAGAAAAAAAAAUACAGCUAAAAAAAGUGCACAAAAGAAAUUUUCACUUAAUGAACGUUCAAUAACACCAGAUAUUAUACCAUCAUCAAGUCCAAAAAUAUUACAAAACAAAACAAAUAAUAACAAUACCAAUAAUGGAAAAAGAAAUAAAUUUCGUCCAUUAACAGCUGCUGAACAAGAUGGUACAUCAUGGAACGGUAAUACAUUACAUAUAUUUCCAAGUAAAUCACGUGAACAACAUAGACGUAAAUCAUUUACACGUUUUAAUGAACAAUAUAAUAAAACCAACUGUGAAUAUAAAGAGUAUAAACCAAGCUCAGCAUCAGAGGAAGUCGCUAGACUUCGACAACUUGAAAUGUCAUAUGCUGAGGUACUUCGUACGCCAAACAAACCCAAAGCCAAUUCACGUAGAUACUGAGGGAACAGUUAAGAAAGUCAAAAAAUAUGUAAAAAAAUUUAAAAAAAAAAUCAAAUAAAUAAAUAGAAUCAAUUAUUUUUUACUCGAAUUUUCAUCCAGAACAAUGUGGCUCAUCAUUUAUGGUCGUUGUCGUCUAAAC